UCCGGCUGCAUGAUUUAGAGAUCGAGCUUGGAUUUUGGCUGAUGCAGGACCGGAGAAACACGUCGGGAUGCUUAUGAAGACAAUGCUGCCUUUGAAUAUUUCAUAAUCUCAUAGUUCUGCGAGUGCUGCUGCUGCUGUAAACUGAUAUUCACAUUGAAAAAGCAGAGAGGGGCGAGCGCAAAGUUGGAGCACCGGGAACGCGCACGCACGCAGUGGAACAUAUUUAUGCGCAAAGUAUUUAUAAACCUCAGUGGUGCUGAGAAUGAAGAUGAUGCAGUCAUCUACUGGAGAUGGAAGUCAAAUCUGUAAUAAAGUGGAUCCGUACUAGCUUCUUCUGAUGGCGAUCGUUUCUGCAGUUUGAGCACUGAAGGGUGGAAACGAUAGAAAAAGACGUAUGCCUGAUCAGCUGUCUUCAAAAUCUCAUCUGGUGCUACGAGUCUAAGCUGCAAAGAUGACUGUAGUGGCAGGAGAUAACAUGGAUGAGACAUCAACCCUGCCGGGGCAUCCACAUGACCCAUACCCCCCUGACCAUGACGAUCAUGAGUGCUGUGAACGAGUGGUUAUUAACAUCUCAGGCCUCAGAUUCGAGACUCAACUCAAGACACUUGCCCAAUUUCCAGAUACGCUCCUGGGCAACCCUAAAAAGCGAAUGCGCUACUUCGACCCUUUAAGGAAUGAGUACUUCUUUGACAGGAAUCGACCAAGCUUUGAUGCCAUCCUUUACUACUACCAGUCAGGUGGGCGGUUAAGACGUCCUGUUAACGUCCCUUUAGACAUGUUUUCUGAAGAGAUUAAGUUCUACGAACUUGGCGUAGAGGCAAUGGAGAAAUUUCGCGAGGACGAGGGUUUCAUCCGUGAAGAGGAGCGUCCCUUACCAGAGAACGAGUUCCAGAGACAGGUAUGGCUCCUGUUUGAGCACCCAGAAAGCUCUGGACCUGCACGUGGCAUUGCUAUUGUGUCUGUCAUGGUCAUUCUGAUUUCUAUAGUCAUAUUUUGUUUGGAGACCCUACCAGAACUCAAAGAGGACCCCAAAGGACGUUUCCAAACCAUCGGAAACAGCACUGUUUACUACAAGCCAAACAUUCUCACAGACCCGUUCUUUAUCGUGGAGACGCUUUGUAUCAUUUGGUUCUCCUUUGAACUCAUCGUCCGCUUCUUUGCGUGCCCAAGCAAAGCGGCGUACUUUAAAAAUAUGAUGAACACGAUCGACGUAGUGGCCAUCAUCCCAUAUUUCAUCACACUUGGCACAGAGCUCGCAGAGGACCCAAACGAAGCCAGGGAAGUCAAAGGAGGGGGUGAAGCCACAUCACUGGCAAUCCUCAGGGUUAUCCGUCUCGUCCGGGUUUUCAGGAUCUUCAAACUGUCCAGGCAUUCGAAAGGACUUCAGAUUUUGGGACAGACCCUGAAAGCUAGCAUGAGGGAGCUUGGCCUGUUGAUCUUCUUCCUGUUCAUUGGAGUCAUCUUGUUCUCCAGUGCAGUCUACUUCGCAGAGGCUGAGGAAAAGGAGUCGUUCUUCACCAGUAUUCCAGAUGCAUUUUGGUGGGCUGUGGUCUCAAUGACAACUGUUGGCUAUGGUGAUAUGUACCCUGUCACCAUCGGGGGCAAGAUUGUCGGAUCUCUUUGCGCGAUCGCAGGUGUGCUGACCAUUGCACUUCCUGUGCCAGUCAUUGUGUCCAAUUUUAACUAUUUUUACCACCGGGAAACCGAAGGAGAGGAGCAAGCUCAGCUCCUUAAUGUGAGCAAUCCAAACAUCCCUUCUGACUCCAAUUCCAGUCGGCGCAGCUCGUCCGUCAUAAGCAAGUCGGAGUACGUUGAGACGGACGACGACAUGAACAAUAGCAUCGACAAUUUUAGGGAAGCAAACCUUAGAACUGGGAACUGCACCUUCCCGAACCAGAACUGUGUAAAUAAGGGCAAGCUUCUGACAGAGGUCUAAAUCUUGCCCCAUUUUUACCCAGAGACAUCUAGACUGAUACAAGCGUCUA